UUAGUCCCAGAUAACUUGAAUAAUGGCAUCAAGAUAAUCCUGAAUUUGAAUUAAAUGAAUGUAAUUUAUUAUUACAUUUACUUAAUUCGAAAUUUAUUAGAUAGUAUCACACAUUUUUCAUUUAUGAAUGCACACUUUGUGGAACAAAAGCUAAUAGCCUGAUGUAGCUAAAAUUAAAAUGAUCUACGACCCUCAUGGUCUGAGUUCAUUUCUAAAAUUUAGAUUUUAAAAAUGUUACAUGGAUUGUCUUCUUGCUCACAGUAACUGGAAAUCAAACAACUUUCCAGAGCAUACAGACCGUGUCUCCUGCCUCAAGCCCUUCACAAACGCAAUGGUUGGCCUUACAACUCCCAACACAGACGGUCCCUCUCCUCUCUCCUUGUCUACAAGUCUGAAUCAAACGAAUCGAGCCUUCUGUUUCUGCUGCUGCUGAUUGCUUAUCCUGAACCUUCGGGAGCUGGUCACAGCUUUCCUCAUCUCAGUGGACCAUGCACCAGUCCAUUUCCUUAAGUUUUCACGCUGUGCCACAUAUAGGCUACUUCCCUGCGUCCCGGCAGAUUGCGGUGGAGGAGCAUAAAAGAUGAGCUGCCUCCAUGUGGCGCAGGAGGAGAGACGGGAGUCCUCGCUCGGACGCUUCCUUUGUGCGGCUGCAAAGAAACCCAUUUAGUCCCAGGCGGUGGUCUAUUCACCAGGCUCACCCUGACAUCUGCCAAGAGCCCUCUCUAACCAGCACUGUCUGGAGAAGUAAGAGCGCAGAUCAAUGACUGUCCUGUUAAUUGUAUAAUAGACCUACUUAUGGACCACUGCUAAAGGGGCACAAUCGUUUAGGGUCUACCACGUCUGAUUUUGUUUGAACCAAACAGGCCUAAAUACCUUUAAUUGCGCCCGUGCUGAUGAAAAGUCGAUGUGAGUUAAAGCGGCCGAUCACUAACAGAGCUUAAAUCCAUCUGUACUCGUUUAUUUAUUUAUUUCCUCGAUUUGUUUCCACAAAUCACCUGCCAUGGGGGAAUGGGAGCGAUAUUCGUUUUGUUUGUGAUCCAAGGACGGGGAGGGAAGUGGGGCUCUGAGGUGCUGAGAAGAGGCCUGGCAUUAUAAGGCUUCCCAUCGCCUACAUUUUUUUUCUUUGAUGACCAAAGCCCACACUGUGAACUGUACAGAACACACCCAACCUACUAUUCUUCUCAAUAGUAAAACCAUUUAAAAAAAAAAAAUACACAAAGACUGUUUAAAUUGAAGGAUUAUUUCGUCAAUUUGGGAAAUGAAUCCCCCCCUUUCUGAAACAGGGUUACUCUUUGUAAACAGGUUUAUUGACGUUUGAAAACAGAGAUUUGGAUAUGGAUAAUUAUUUAAUGAUGAUACAUUUUCUGGCUCAAAUAGACAUAAGCUCCCCGAGCAAAAUAAAACAAGCCUUUGCAUGAGCUCACCUCCGGUAUUUUACAUGUGUAUCUCUCCGAACGGGAGUCCUGUCAUGGCACAGGCUAUAUGAGAUUAAACAAACACAUUAAGAUGUUUAACGUGGAAUAAUUUGAGCAUGAAAAGCUAAUAAAUCAGAGGACGGAAUGGCAGAGGAUUGAAUUGAAUUGUAGUGGUUUCGUGCGCGUUUGGGUCUGUGCGCGCGCGUGCCUGCGUGCGUGCGUGCGUAUUUGUGGAGAGGGAGAGAGAGAGAAGAGAAAAAAAGGAAAAAAAAGAGGGAGGGAGUCACGUCGCUGACAUUUCCAAGCUCCCGCUCUGAUUGGCUCUUAUUUGAGGAAGCUCACGGGUUCUUUCAACUAAUAAGCGCCUCCCCAUCGCUCUAAAGUACAUUAUAAUGCAAGGGACCUCCUUUUUUAACCACAAACCGAAUUUUCGUUCAUUUAGACGAUAUAUACUUUUUAAAUUGUUCCAAAGUUGUAGGAUUUUUUUGGAGCGCAUUUCGCCCUGGAGCGGUACGCGAUGCUCUCUCACGCCGACCUCCUGGAUGCUCGGCUCGGGAUGAAGGAUGCUGCAGAGUUACUCGGACACCGAGAGGCUCUCAAGUGCCGGCUGGGAGGUGGGGUGCCAGACCAGGGGCAUCCGGGAGACAUGGCCCCUGGUUCAGACUCAGUAGAGGGGACCACCCUCCUGCCGGGCGAAGACAUCGCCACUGUGGGAUCCAACUCCGCCGGCAUGCCCGUGAACGGGAAGGAGCAGGAGAAGCAGCAGCAGCAACCGCAGCAGAGCUCCGGUCAGUCCGCCAGCCAGCAGAAACAGAAACGGCACCGGACGCGCUUCACCCCGGCGCAGCUCAACGAGCUGGAGCGCAGCUUCGCCAAAACCCACUACCCUGACAUCUUCAUGAGGGAAGAACUGGCGCUGAGGAUCGGCCUCACUGAGUCCAGAGUUCAGGUUUGGUUUCAGAACAGACGCGCUAAGUGGAAGAAAAGGAAGAAGACCACCAAUGUUUUCCGCGCCCCGGGGACGCUGCUCCCAACACCGGGCCUGCCACAGUUCUCUGCCGCGGCCGCCAUGGAGAACAGCCUGUGCUCUUUCCACGCCAACGACUCUCGCUGGGCCACGGGGAUGCCGGGGGUCUCCCAGCUGCAGCUGCCGCCCGCCCUGGGUCGCCAGCCGGGCAUGGCACAGUCUCUGUCACAGUGCAGCCUGGGCCCGGGCCCGCCACCAAACUCCAUGGGUCUCUCCAACGGCCUGUCAUCCAACGGCUCCGGUCUGCAGUCCCACCUCUACCAGACGCCUUUCCCCGGAAUGUCGGCCUCUCUCUCCGGCCCCACGAACGUAUCGGGCUCCCCGCAGCUGUGUAGUUCCCCGGACAGUGACAUGUGGAGAGGGACAAGCAUCGCGUCACUGCGGCGCAAAGCGCUGGAGCACACAGUGUCCAUGAGUUUCACUUAGUGACUUUUUCCAAAAACAACCUGCCACUGCACCCCCUCUCCUCCUAAGUCCCCCCUCCCAGCCCCAUCCUGCGGCUCUUUUUUCUGUUUUUAUUUUCUGCUAUUUAGAUCAACACGAGAGAACGAGCGAGCUAAUCAGGCCUGAAAUGUGAGAAAAUGGAGACUGUGUGUCACUUCAUCUAGACAUAAUGACAAAAAGAAAAGGACAACACUGAUGGACAAAUGGAGGAAAAAAAUAAUAACUUGGGUUUGGGGUUAUUUAUCUUGUUAAUUCAAAAGGAUUUUAUCGACUAUUGAUGAUAAAUACUAUUGUAAUGAUCUCUAGACUAUAGGCCCUAAUUACUGAGAGCCAAACAAUCGUCGUAUUUACGUUUUCAUUGAGUGUGUCUUUACGCACACAUGUUAAUGUGUUCAGGUGAAGUUGUGUUAUGUCAAACGGUUAUUUAUAAGAUUGGGUAUACAUUUUGGUAACAGCCUACCACACACGCACCAUACUGUAGGUGGGCCUAUUGAACUGAGUCUCAGGCAUGCACCGUGCAUGUGGAUUUAAACGCUUGGAUAAUUUAAGGAGAAAAUGGUUCCCACUCAGAUCGAACAGGUACUUUUCGAGGCGACCUCUGUCUCGUCUGCAUGAGACGGGAGCACAAAUCUAAAGAGGAGAAGAAAAAAAAUACAAUGAUCUCUCAGUAGGCCUACUCUGUUUUAGGAUGUUUUGUGUAGAUAAAACAUUCUUGCUAUGUACCCGCUGGUCUUUUUUGUGACAUGUUUUAACUUAUUGUAUGUGCUAUUACUUGACACAUUUCUUAAAUGUUUGAUCUUACAUCGCAAUGCACCACAUUGACGGGUUUGUACCAAUUUAAAAAUGACAAACAAAUAAAAGUAAUUUUCAAGAAUGUCAAAACAAGAAUGAUUCGUGUCUCCAUUAAA